UGCAUCCGAGUGGUUCGUCCCGUAAAGUGUUGUGUGUUGUUUAUGUUUCCUGUCUCACGAACGACCAACAUGUCCUUCUUCAGCCAUUAGGAAUUUCUGGCUGACAGAAAAAUCAGUGCAAUUAUCACCAGUGCUUUGGAUUCGGGACGGAAUACUAGUCAGUGUGCAAGAAGGCAGGACCACAUACAAUGGCAAUUAGCGAACAAUACGUGCUGAUUAUCAAUCUGAGGAAAAGUUUUCUGAUAGACUUCUUUUAGGCCUUCCUGGAGCGUCCGUUUCUGUUCGAAAUUAUUAUUUUGUUGGUUUUCAAUUCCAUCUUCCGGAAAGUGCGUGUCCGUGAGUGCAACCGAUUGAGCCGUCGUUUGUAGGGGAAGUCUGGAAUGAAUCCCAAGGCCCCGUUUCAAACAGGUGGAAAACGAUUGCUAGUGAUAGCAGCACAUACGCGUCCGGAGCGCAACAACGCUGAUAGUCGAUAGUUGUAAAUGGUCUCAAUUAUGUAAUCAUGCUUCCUUGUCUCGACGCUUAAAUGUGGAGAAGUAGCUAUUUCCAAGCAGCACUCGUCGUGGACGACGUAUCACACAUUCAAGCUACAGUGCAAUAGUGACACAACACGCCUAUCAUCGCUCACCAGUUCCAUCAACUACUCAUCCUGUCUAUCUACCUGCCACAAACCACUUCGGCUUGGACAUUGUCCCACUGAAACGGAAAGCGACCCAGUUUCGGUAGCCUACGGAUUGCUUCUUUAUGCUUGCGCCUAAAGGUGGUGUCUAGAAGCAGUGAAAUUAAUCAGCUGAAUAGACACAUUUAUUUUGGAUAGUUGAACCAUCGAUUAAGGCUCUUUGGAAUCUGCGGAGAUUUUUAUUCAGAAACGUUGAAUACAUUCACCAUUAUCUACAACCACAGCCGAGAAACCCGUUCCGGAAGUUGGAAGCAGCAGCAGUAGUAGCACACCAACCGAGACGAUGCAGCAAACCACAACCCGGACCGAGAUGCGCCCGGUCAAGUAUCACUAUGCGGACUCAUUUUGGUGUACCUAUCUGAUUUCGGUGUUCGCGGCCAGCAUAGCCGAAACGGUCACGUACCCACUGGAUCUCACCAAAACCCGACUGCAGAUACAGGGCGAAGGGGCAGCCGUUUCGGCCGGCGGCGCGAUCAAGAAGCUCAAAUACCGCGGUAUGCUAGCGACCGCUAGUGGUAUUGUUCGCGAAGAAGGAGCCCUGAAGCUAUGGCAAGGCGUCACACCGGCUCUCUACCGUCACAUUGUUUACAGUGGAGUCCGCAUCGUUACGUACGAUGGUCUGAGAAAGAAACUUCGCAAUGGUAACAAUGACUUUGUACUGUGGCAAUCGGCUCUGGCCGGAGUCGGAGCUGGUGGUUUGGCCCAAUGGCUUGCAUCGCCGGCCGAUUUGGUUAAGGUACACAUCCAGAUGGAGGGCAAACGUCGCCUGAUGGGAAUGGAACCGCGUGUUCAUAGUGCAGCUCAUGCGUUCCGUGAGAUUGUGAGCCGCGGCGGAAUCUUGGGCCUGUGGAAAGGUAGCGUCCCGAACGUUCAACGUGCAGCGUUGGUCAAUUUGGGAGACCUGACCACAUACGAUACUGUCAAGCGGUUCGUUAUGAAAAAGACGGGUCUGCCGGAUUGUCAUUUGGUGCAUAUUAUAUCUUCAAUUUGCGCGGGACUGGUUGCCGCCACUAUGGGUACCCCGGCGGAUGUCGUCAAGACAAGAAUCAUGAAUCAACCUACGGAUUUGAAUGGAAAGGGGCUUCUCUACAAAGGAUCUCUAGAUUGUCUCCAGCAAACCAUUGGAAAGGAAGGUUUCUACGCUCUGUACAAGGGAUUCCUUCCGGUUUGGAUUCGUAUGGCACCUUGGUCACUCACUUUCUGGCUUUCAUUCGAACAAAUUCGCUCUAGUCUGGGUGCUGGUGGUUACUAGGUGGUGAUAGGCACACAUCACUCGUUUGAUAGGUUCUACAGUUAGUAAGUACAGUUUUUAUUAACUUUUACGUGGUCUGCUCUUUCGUUGCUGCACAUAAUUAGGUUGCGAUAGUAGGCACAAAUGUACAGUUCUAUUUCGCACAAAUCAGAAUUUGGCAGAACACUACUCCGUUCAACGACUCAACAAUCCACAACAAUAAAAAAGACAAGCAACAAAGCAAAAUCACGUCGACUAGAGACGAGGGUACCAUCUAAAUUGUCAGCUUUUUAAGGGGCUAUCAUUUUGAUCACAUACAUUGUUUUCGUUCUUCAACAGUUAGUCAGUUGCGAACAGUUCGGAACAUUCGGACGAAAGAAUCAUUGUAGUUAAGAAAACAUAUCCUUUGCGUGAGACUAUUUGCUCUAUCGGAAUCGUUCAUUGGUUGAGGAGGGACUAUAAUUUUGAUCUGUGAUUUAGUCGAUAGUAGCCACUAGGUUUAAGCAUACAUCCAACCAAUUGAGUUCGAUUGAUUUUGGUACCGGAUUUAGCUCACGCAGGUAAACAGCAUCUUCUCAUCGAAACUCCACUCAUUUCAUUCGAGGCAGCUCGAUCAUUGUCGUCGUCAAACCGGGGGGAGCUACCAUUCAAUGCGAAGCAUCACACAAGACACAAAUGCCUCAGGGAUGCCUUUUUUAAACAGCCUAUAUCAUCACUUUGGUACAAUAGUAUAUCACCUUUAUUUUCCUGAGUGCCAUAGAAUUCUCAUAAAAAACUAGGCGACGAUUAUUGUUCAUCCAGCAUCCGACAUUUCGAAUAGAUACCACCUUUGCGAAGAGACUUAACAAACGAAUUCUGUUAUCUUCAACUGUAACAUUUUUUCUAACGUUUUUGAUUAAGUAUUAGACUUUACAGGGGAGUUUCUCUGCGUGAAACAAGUUAUGGAGCGAAAGGAGAAUAUUCUGCAACUAUGUAGACCGCCUUGUUCUAUACACGAUGAUCCCCUAUACUUUACAUACAUAGGAUAUAUACUAUAACCAACACGUGACAAUACCAAAUUUUAUCAUGUUACAAUUCCUGAAGAAUCCUACUUUAUCGAACAUUUUGUAGUUUCUAUUCUCGUACACACGACUGUGACGAAACAGCCACAGGUGGCGCACAUAUUCUACGACCACAGACUGGACACGGAAAAAGUGCCGCAUGUUGUUUUGUCCCCUACAAAAAACUAUACAAGUUAUACAACCUACAAAUUACCAAUCCCGAAUUUGAUUUAAGACAAGGUAGAUGAAACAAUCCGGUAGGGAACUUCUAGCUGUGCUGUAGAACAUGGGGAAGACAUACUACACUGUACUGAGAAAGGUUUGCCGCGUUGUUCGAAAAAUGUAUAUGUAUUGUCCUUUGGAGUUGAGAAACGAAUGCUUAAAUAUGUAGGUGAGAAGUGUAUUAGAAUGAAUAAACAAUUUCGAUAAGCUGA